GGUCGUUCCUUUUCGCUCGGCCCGCCCCGCUCUCUCUCUCUGCAACCACCGCCGCCGCCGCCGCCGCCUCCUCCUCCACCGCAUCUUCCAUACCCCUCCUCUCGGGAACCGCCGCCCGCGUCGCCGUUCGCUCGCCACCGCGCUUCCUCAGCUGCUACGGCCCUCCGCAGCCACUCGCGCCUUACAGAGCAAUGUCAGAUCAAGUGAAAGUGGGAAGCAUAUUGAAAAAGCAAGGAGAGAAGAAAGGUAAAUCAAAGGGAUCUAUCAGGAAAAAAAGGAAGGAUGGCAAUUCAAGGGAUACAGGAAACCAAAUACUGGAAACAAACGGUGGACCUGACAGUAACGAGCUUCAUCAUACUUCUAUUGUGGAUGACCAUUCUGAAGGAAGUAAUUUGAAGAAGGUCAAGAGGAAGAAGAAGAAGAAGAAUCAUGACUUGUCAGAAGAUGACCACCUAUCGACAAAAUAUGAUGAACCUGAUCAAGGAGAGGUUCAUCAUAUGUCAUUGGGGAUUGAGGAUGCUUCUGAAGGAAUGACAAAUAAGGCUCAGAAGGUUAGGAGAAAGAAGAGGAAGGAUCACGACUUUCCAGAAGAACGUGGCCUAUUAAGAAAAAAGAAUGACAAUCCUGAUACUGGGGAGGUUUAUCCUGGCUCCUCCUCAGGGAAUGGAGAUACUUCUGAAGUAAGAAAAAGUAAGUCUAAGAAAGCUAGGAGAAAGAAAGGGAAGCCCCUACAGUCCCCAAGAGAUAUUGACCAAGUAGUGGAUAAGAACUCUGAACCUGAUCUGGAUGAUGUUCAUCAAAUUUCUUCUGGGGAUGAGGACGAAUCCAAAGGAAUGAAGAAGUGGUUGGCGGAAUACUAUCAGAAAAGACCAGGAAUAGAGAUAUUGCAACAAAGAAUUGAUGAUUUUAUAACCACUCACGAGACGAAACUGGAACAGGAAAGAAAAGAAAGAGAAGCCCGUGUUGCAGAGGGAGGAUGGACUGUGGUAACCCAUCACAAAGGAAGGAAGAAAACCACAGAUAGUGAAAGCGGAAUUGUUGUUGGCUCUGUUUCCCAGGCUGCUUUGGAGGACAAGCUGGCUAAGAAGAAGCGCAAGGAAGUUGGGUCAGAUUUUUACCGAUUUCAGAGAAGAGAAGCACAGAGGAAUGAGAUAAUGAUGUUGCGGAGUAAAUUUGAGCAAGAUAGAAAGCGUAUACAGCAGUUGAGAGCUGCCAGGAAGUUCCGACCUUACUGAAACCGCUGGAGGACUCGUGUCCUAGCAAACCCCGACUGCUCUCUUUAAAAACCCUGGCAACUUUCAAUUGGCUAAUUUAAGUCGCCACCACAAUUUUUGUUCUCUUCUUGAAGAGAAAUUAGAAAAGGCCCACCGCGGCCGAAGCCCCAAUCUCAUUGUUCCAGUCUAUUUAUUUGUUUUUAGGACCAUUUCACCGUUCGCAUACAUAAUUACAUGGAUAGAUCUUGGAGUUCUUCAUCGAAGGAUUUCCAAGGGUGGAAAUCUCCCGUUGAAAUGAAAUGUAUUCAGUAUAUUUUCUUUCAGUAGAGCAUUGGAACAAGAAAACAGCAUUAUUACUAUGUGAA